AAGAAAUCCAAAGGAAUUUCUUUCUUGCUGUGCAUGUCCAGAAAUGGCGACACACUCGAAAGGUCUCCGGCGACCGCACUGCCGGAAAAUCCAAACAAGAAUCGUAAAUCCAAAGAAAAGAGUAAAAACAAACAUGACGCCAUUCCGGAAAACGAGAUCGCCAAUAAUUCAGAUGCCAAGCCGAAGUCCAAGAACGGCAAGGGGAAACUACCAGCGAAGGGAUGGUUCUCAGUGGACAGCAUUGUCCCCCCUGAUUUCCUUCUCCCCUCAGAGCCCGCCAAAGAAAACGCGUAUGGACCAAUGUACCAACCGGCGA